CAUCAGUUGACGUCAGCGCCCUCUUUCGCCCACUCGGCGCCUGCCAGCAAGACAGGGCCGCUGGAGCAGCCGACGACGCCAUUGUUGCCGGCCUUUCUUUUCUCUGUCUUCCUUUAUUCUCCCUGCGGAGAAUCCGCCGCCAUCCGCCGCCAUGGUGAACUUCACGGUUGACCAGAUCCGGGCCAUCAUGGACAAGAAGGCCAACAUCCGGAACAUGUCUGUGAUCGCACACGUAGACCACGGGAAGUCCACACUGACGGACUCACUGGUUUGCAAGGCUGGCAUCAUUGCCUCUGCGCGGGCAGGUGAAACCCGCUUCACCGACACCCGGAAAGAUGAGCAGGAACGCUGCAUCACCAUCAAGUCCACGGCAAUCUCCCUCUUCUAUGAGCUUUCGGAGAACGACUUGGCCUUCAUCAAGCAAAGCAAAGAUGGCACUGGCUUCCUCAUCAAUCUCAUUGACUCCCCGGGCCACGUGGACUUCUCCUCGGAGGUCACGGCCGCCCUGCGCGUCACCGAUGGUGCCUUGGUGGUUGUAGACUGCGUUUCGGGGGUCUGUGUCCAGACAGAGACGGUCCUGCGCCAGGCCAUUGCCGAGCGCAUCAAGCCUGUCCUGAUGAUGAACAAAAUGGACCGAGCCUUGCUUGAGCUGCAGCUGAAGUGCGAGGAGCUCUACCAGACCUUCCAGCGCAUUGUGGAGAAUGUCAACGUCAUCAUCUCUACUUAUGGCGAGGGCGAGACGGGGCCCAUGGGCAACAUCAUGAUCGACCCAGUCCUGGGGACGGUGGGCUUUGGCUCUGGCCUCCAUGGCUGGGCCUUCACCCUAAAGCAGUUUGCCGAGAUGUACGUGGCCAAGUUCACGGCCAAAGGCGAGGGGCAGCUGAACGCAGCCGACCGGGCCAAGAAAGUGGAGGACAUGAUGAAGAAGCUGUGGGGGGACAGGUAUUUUGACCCCGCCACUGGCAAGUUCAGCAAGUCCGCCAAUAGCCCAGAUGGAAAGAAGUUGCCCAGGACAUUCUGCCAGCUCAUCCUGGACCCCAUCUUCAAGGUGUUUGAUGCCAUCAUGAACUUCCGGAAGGAGGAAACAGCCAAACUGAUUGAGAAACUGGACAUCAAGCUGGACACGGAAGACAAGGACAAGGAAGGGAAGCCUUUGCUGAAGGCUGUGAUGCGACGCUGGCUCCCAGCUGGGGAAGCACUCCUCCAGAUGAUCACCAUCCACCUGCCUUCCCCCGUCACCGCUCAGAAGUACCGCUGUGAGCUGCUCUACGAGGGACCCCCUGACGAUGAGGCUGCCAUGGGCAUCAAGAACUGCGACCCCAAGGGCCCCCUGAUGAUGUACAUCUCCAAGAUGGUGCCCACUACCGACAAAGGGCGCUUCUACGCCUUUGGCCGCGUCUUCUCCGGCGUGGUCUCCACCGGCCUCAAGUGCAGGAUCAUGGGGCCAAACUACACACCGGGCAAGAAAGAAGACCUCUACCUCAAGCCCAUCCAGAGGACCAUCCUGAUGAUGGGCCGCUACGUAGAGCCCAUUGAGGACGUGCCGUGUGGCAACAUCGUUGGCCUGGUGGGUGUGGACCAGUUCCUGGUCAAGACGGGCACCAUCACCACCUUUGAGCACGCCCACAACAUGCGCGUGAUGAAGUUCAGCGUCAGCCCCGUGGUGCGGGUGGCCGUGGAGGCCAAGAACCCGGCCGACCUGCCCAAGCUGGUGGAAGGCCUCAAGCGCCUGGCCAAGUCUGACCCCAUGGUGCAGUGCAUCAUUGAGGAGUCUGGGGAGCACAUCAUUGCUGGUGCUGGGGAGCUGCACCUGGAGAUCUGCCUCAAGGACCUCGAGGAGGACCACGCCUGCAUUCCCAUCAAGAAAUCGGACCCGGUGGUGUCCUACCGGGAGACGGUGAGCGAAGAGUCGGGUGUGCUGUGCCUCUCCAAGUCACCCAACAAGCACAACCGGCUGUACAUGAAGGCCCGACCCUUCCCGGAUGGGCUGGCCGAGGACAUCGACAAGGGGGAUGUGGCGGCCCGGCAAGAGCUGAAACAGCGGGCCCGCUACCUGGCCGAGAAGUACGAGUGGGACGUGGCAGAGGCCCGCAAGAUCUGGUGUUUCGGCCCCGACGGCACUGGUCCCAACAUCCUCACUGACAUCACCAAGGGCGUCCAGUACCUCAACGAGAUCAAGGACAGCGUGGUGGCUGGCUUCCAAUGGGCCACCAAAGAGGGCGCCUUGUGCGAGGAGAACCUGCGUGGCGUGCGCUUCGAUGUCCACGAUGUGACCCUGCACGCCGACGCCAUCCACCGGGGUGGUGGCCAGAUCAUUCCCACAGCCCGGCGCUGCCUCUAUGCCUGCAUGCUGACCGCCCAGCCCCGCCUCAUGGAGCCCAUCUAUCUGGUGGAGAUCCAGUGCCCUGAACAAGUGGUGGGCGGCAUCUAUGGUGUGUUGAACCGGAAGCGAGGCCACGUCUUUGAGGAGUCCCAGGUGGCCGGCACCCCCAUGUUCGUGGUCAAGGCCUACCUCCCGGUUAAUGAGUCUUUCGGCUUCACGGCUGACCUGCGCUCCAACACGGGCGGGCAAGCCUUCCCACAGUGUGUCUUCGACCACUGGCAGAUUCUGCCGGGCGACCCUUACGACGCCACCAGCCGCCCCUUCCAGGUGGUGGCCGAGACCCGCAAGCGCAAGGGCCUCAAGGAGGGCAUCCCCGCCUUGGACAACUUCCUGGACAAGCUGUAGGCAACGUGCAGAACCCACAUAAUGACAGAAGAAUAAUCAUUGUCAUCAUCUUUAUCAACACAAAGGUCUUGGGGAAAAAUUGAAAUAAAUUUGGAAAAGAAACAA